AUGAAGGGCGGAUCAGAGAUGAUGGCAGUAUUAUGGCUCGCAGAGAUUUCUAGUCCAUUCCUCCGCUUGAGAGAUCUCCUCAAAAAGCUGGGCUAUAAAGGCACAAACCUCAAUUUGGCUGUUGAUAUUUUGUUUGCAGCAGUCUUUACAUCUGCAAGGAUGAUAGCUGGAUCUCAUCUCACUUAUGUAGCUCUAUCUGCUGACAUUCCUCUACUCCUGAAGGCAAUGGGUCUAGGACUACAGCUUAUUAGUGCUUUCUGGUUCUACAAGAUUGCA